CUUAAGAGCCCUAAACCCUGGAAGCGAUGAGGCCUUCUUGUUGCGUGUUGGAGCGGCCAUUCCUUGGCGCCUUGGCGGGCGGGAGCGGCAGCGGCACCAAGAUUCGCAAAUUCGAGCGGAGAUUUAGGUGCUGCCUCGGCGCCAUGCAGGACAAUGCGGCUGCUCCAGCGCUGGAGAUUAGAUUCGAUACUAUCAGGCAGGAGCUCUCAAAGAUAGCAAGGGAGUCUUUUCAGACUACUCUUGGGGAAUGGGGAAACGUGGAGCCUGCCGUCGCCGCGUGUGCGAAUCCAAACUUUGGAGACUACCAGAUCAACAACGCAAUGGGGAUAUGGUCCACCAUCAAAGGCAAAGAAACGGAGUUUAGGAAUCCAAGAGAGAUUGCUCAGAGCAUUACGAGAAACUUCCCUCAAACUGGAUUUGUGGAGACAACUAGCGUCGCUGGACCUGGUUUCAUAAAUGUCAAACUCUCAUCUGUCUACAUUGCGAAGAGAUUGAACGAGCUGUUGCUUCAUGGGAUUGAUACUUGGGCACCAGUGUUGCCUGUGAAAAGAGCGAUCGUGGAUUUCUCGUCACCGAACAUAGCAAAAGAGAUGCAUGUUGGGCAUCUGCGCUCGACGAUCAUUGGAGAUUGCCUUGCAAACAUGAUCGAGUACUGCAAAGUAGAGGUUCUUCGGCGAAAUCAUGUUGGUGACUGGGGAACUCAGUUUGGAAUGCUGAUCGAAUACCUCUUUGAAAUGUUUCCGAAUUGGGAGGACAUUGGAGAUCAAGCAAUUGGAGAUUUACAGGCGUUCUACAAGGAAUCUAAAGUGAGAUUCGACGCUGACGAGGAGUUUAAGGCGAAGGCACAGCAAGCCGUGGUCAAGCUGCAGAGUGGUGAUGCCAAGUAUCGUGCUGCGUGGAAGAUACUUUGCAACAUUAGCAGGAACGAGUUCCAGCAAGUCUAUGACAGAUUGAAAGUUUCCCUGGAGGAAAAGGGCGAGAGUUUCUACAACCCUUACAUUCCCGAUGCGAUUCAAAUUCUCCGUGACAAGGGAAUUCUGGAAGAAAGCGAUGGCGCAACAGUUAUUUUCGUUGAUGGGCACAAGAUACCGCUUAUUGCAAUCAAGCGGGAUGGGGGCUUCAAUUAUGCCAGCACAGAUUUGGCAGCGUUGUGGUAUCGGCUGAACGUAGAGAAGGUGGAAUGGAUAAUAUAUGUUACUGACGUUGGACAACACCAACAUUUUGACAUGUUGUUUAAGGCUGCCAAGCGAGCAGAGUGGCUUCCCAAAGAGGGCUAUCCUCGAACUCAACAUGUUGGUUUUGGUUUGGUCUUAGGCGCAGAUGGAAAGCGAUUUCGAACCAGACAAGGUACCGGUCUUGUGCGGCUUGUGGACUUGUUGGAUGAAGCCAAGUCUCGAAGCAAAACUGCUCUGAUUGAGCGCGGAAGAGACGACGAAUGGAGUCCAGAGGACCUGGAUGCUGCUGCGGAAUCAGUGGGCUACGGAGCAGUCAAAUAUGCCGACUUGAAAAACAAUCGGGAAACCAACUAUACGUUUAGCUUUGAGCAGAUGCUGGAUGUUAGAGGUAACACCGCGGUGUACCUUCUGUACGCGUACGCCCGAAUUCGCUCCAUUAUCAGAAAGUCGGGGAAAAGCAUCGAUGAGCUCAAAGAGAAUGGUGCGAUUGUACUGACUCAUCCAGACGAGAGAGCUCUCGGUCUCUUCCUCAUCCAAUUCUCCGAAGUCGUCGAGGACGCUGUCACACGGCUCCUUCCAAACACGCUGUGCGAGUACCUGUACAACCUCUCGGAGAACUUCACGAGGUUUUACACGAGCUGCAAGGUGAAUGGAAGCCCCGAAGAGACGAGUAGAUUGCUGCUGUGUGAAGCGACUGCCAUUGUCAUGAAGCAGUGCUUCAAGCUCCUCGGGAUCACUCCAUUGGAACGUCUAUGAUGAUUCGGUAUAUUCGAUUUUUGAUUCGAACGAGUUUUGUUUAACCGCAAAGUAAAAAGAUUAUGUUAAUGUCAAACAUUUCGUCAUUGUUCUUUAA